AGAACUUCUGAAGAGUACAAAGAAGGAAAAACAGACCAAAAGGGGUGGAGGCUUGGAAACAGGGUGUGCCAGCCUCUAUUUAAAAAGGUCUGUGUCCCCGCUCUCCUCACACAUCCUUCUCUUCCUUUCUCUCUCGACCUUCACACAAACUCGCCACCAUGUCAGGGCUCAUCCAGGCAAUGCAAAUUCUUAAGACUGUCUUUGACAAAUAUGCUGGGAAAGAAGGAGACAAAAACACUCUGACCAAGGCCGAACUCGCUGACCUGCUCCGCGCUGAGCUUGGACUUGGAGGCUCAAACAAAGCCGAUGUGGACAAGUUUUUCAGCGCUCUGGAUAACGACAGUGAUGGUACUGUUGAUUUCCAGGAGUACAUCACUUUUGUAGCAGCCCUCAACUGCAUGAUGUGUUCUUCAAAGUAAAUACUUUGGCCAUGUUGUCUAAGAACAUUUUUGUCUUAUUUGAUCCAUACUAAAUAAAAAAAAAAAAAAAAAAAAAAAAAAACAACAACCGUUCUCUCUAACUUGUACCAGUAUGACAGCCGCAUCUGUAAAAUAAACAUAUUCACUAUCAUAUGAAAACAUUGGGAAACACACAGGAUUAAUCGUAGAUGGAAAGUUAACGUUGGUUUGAAGGAUGUGAAUGUGCUGAGUGUGUAUCACUGAUUCUGAAUGUCAGAAGUGACUAAUAAAGAAACCAAAACAAA